AUGAAAAACCCCUCUCAUGCUACCAAUGAGCGUGAGAUUACCGAGCAGUUAAACGACGAUGUAAGACACAAGUAUAUUAAAGAUAAAAGGCUCGGUGAAGGUACCUAUGCGGUUGUUUUCCUCGGCCACCUUCGGACAGAUCCAUCCUCGUUCGUCGCUAUCAAAAAGAUAAAGGUCAAUGCAGAAUAUAAAGAUGGACUUUCCAUGGACGCUAUUCGAGAAGUAAAAUACUUGCAAGAGCUGUCACAUCCCAAUAUAAUAGCGCUUCACGAUGUCUUCUCAUCAAAGGAUCAAAAUCUCAAUCUCGUUCUCGAAUAUCUACCGCGGGGCGAUCUCGAGAUGUUGAUUAAGGAUACGAAUAUUCACUACGGCCUCGCUGAUAUCAAGGCUUGGAUGGGAAUGCUCGCCAAAGGGGUCUGGUUCUGUCACGAGAAUUUCAUAUUGCAUCGGGAUAUCAAGCCUAAUAACCUCCUCAUCGCGGCAGAUGGGGAAGUGAAACUCGCGGACUUCGGUUUAGCUAGGUCGUUUGCUGAUCCCUACUUGAAUAUGACCCACCAGGUCAUUACACGCUGGUAUCGUCCCCCAGAGCUGCUCUUUGGUGCCCGGCAGUACUCGGGGGUUGUCGAUAUCUGGUCUAUGGGCAUGGUGUUCGCUGAACUCCUCCUGCGAGUUCCGUUCGUUGCAGGAAAUACCGAUCUCGAUCAAAUUACGAAGAUCUGUGAAGCUUUCGGGACUCCGAAUGAGGACAAUUGGCCAGGUGUCACCAAACUACCUAAUUAUCUGCCCGCUGAUCCCAACCAUGUCGUCCCUCUUCAGGGCCGAGAAUUUUUCUUCAGGCAAUUUCCGACAGCUGGUCCUGUCGGCGCGGAUUUACUGAUGUCAAUGUGCACCCUGAACCCUAAGAAGCGAAACACAGCUUGCAGGGUUUUACAACACGGCUGGUGGACUACUGAGCCUAAACCAACCGACAAGAAAAACCUUCCUCGCAAGAUUGAUGGCAUUAAGAAGAUGGGCGCAGACCUGACCAGGCGAGGGGGAGAAAUUGAAGAUUCAACAUUCAAGAAUGCGGCUCGACAGUUGAAUUUUACUGCGGUCAGAGACUAG